AUGAAUUAAGAUAAAGAAUGGAGCUUAGAUAGUUGGAAAAAGUAUUCAGCUUUAUAAUUACCAAUAUAUUCAGAUGUUUAGCUAUAGUAAUGAUAUUUUUGAAAUUAGUUAAGAUACUCUUUAAAAAAUAAAAAAUCUUCCAGGAAUCCUAAAUUUUGAUGAGAUAAAUAGUUUCAAAAAUGAAAUGAUAAGAGUAAGUAAAGGUGAGAAAUUUGUUUUGUAAUUGGGAGAUUGUGCAGAAGUAUUUGAUGAAUGUACUGAAAAACAUUGGAAUGAGAAAUUUAGUUUUUAUGAUGUAAAAAAAAAGAAAUAAUGUAGCGAAUGGGUUAAAUUUUAGAUGCAAUAGUAAUUGGUAGAAUUUGUGGAUAAUUUGCAAAACCACGAUCAUAACUACAUGAAAAAGAUGGGACAUUAAAUUAUAGAGGAGAUUUAAUUAAUUCAUUAAAUAAAGAUGAAAGAGAUCCUGAUCCAUCACGUUUAUUAUUGGGAGCACAUUAUACUAACAAGGGUAUAUAAACUCUAAAGUAAUAUGAUGGUUAAUAAAUUUGGGUUUCACAUGAAUGCUUGCAUUUAGGAUAUGAAUCAGCUUUUGUUAAAUAAAAUUAAGAUAACUAAUGUUAUUUAUCUAAUACUCAUUUUCCUUGGAUAGGAGAUAGAACAAGAUUGCAUGAUCAUGCACAUUCUAAUUUUAUAAAAGGUAUUUAUAAUCCUGUUGGAAUUAAGGUAAAUAUCUUUUAUCUAUUUAGAUUGGAUAAACAAUUAAUAAGACUGAAUUUCUUAAUGUAUUUAAGUUAAUUAAUCCAAAAAAUGAAGAUGGAAGAGCUUUUGCUAUUAUUAGAUUAGGAAAAAAUAAACUUGAUAAAUUGAAAGAUAUCAUUUUAUGGAAAUAAGAGGAAAAAUUAAAUAUUUCAUUCUUUCUUGAUCCUAUGCAUGGAAAUAAUUAAGAUAAAAGUGGACGUAAAAUUAGAAAAAUAGAAGAUAUUAUGUAUGAAAUCUAAUAAUUCUUUGUUAUACUUCAAGAAUAAAAUGAAAUUCCUGCAGGAUUACAUUUAGAAUGCACACCUUAUGAUGUAAGUGAAUGUGUUGAAAAUGAUGAAGAUAUUAAUCCUAAAAAAUACACUACUGCUUGUGAUCCAAGAUUAAAUUACAAAUAAACUAGAAAAAUUAUUAUUUUUGUUAAUACUCUUCUUAAAAAAUUCAGAAAUAAAUAAUGA